AUGAUACGUACAAAAAUAAUCUGCACGAUGGGGCCCGCAGUCUCAUCUUACGACAAGAUUUUAGAGCUGAUCGAUGCGGGGAUGAAUGUCGCUCGGAUUAAUUUCAGCCACGGAACCCACGAAGAACACCUUCGUGUUAUACAAAAUUUAAAAAAAGCAAGGGCUGCUAAAAAUGUGCCUCUUGCAAUCAUGGCCGAUACGAAGGGGCCAGAGAUUAGGUUGGGGUCUAUUAAGAAUGAGUCGAUUCGGCUCACCUCUGGUCAGAGAAUUCUACUCUCUAAAAAACAGGUAGAAGGAGAUGAGACAGCCGUCUCUUUGACACCCCCUGAAGUCGUCGAUGCAAUUGAGGUGGGGAUGAAGCUGCUCUUUGAUGACGGCUAUAUCGUUGCCAAAGCAGUCGAGAAGAAGGAAGAAGGGGUCGUCAUCGAGAUCCAAAAUGCCGAUCUGCUCAAGAGUCAUAAGAGUGUGAGUAUUCCCAAGGCCCAUAUCGACCUUCCCGCAAUGACAGAGCAAGAUCUUGUAGAUUUGGCUUUUGUCUGUAAAAACGACCUCGAUUUGAUCGCCGCCUCCUUUGUUCGGUCUGCCGACCACAUUCUAGAGAUUAAACACUACCUCGAAUCCCAAGAGAAACCAGAUAUUCUCGUCAUUGCGAAAAUUGAGAACAGUUUAGGGGUGAACAAUUUCGAUGCAAUUUUACAAGUUGCAGAUGGCAUUAUGGUGGCUCGUGGAGAUUUGGGUAUUGAGCUCCCACUCGAAGAGGUGCCACGACUCCAAAAGAUGAUGAUCCGGAAAUGUUGCGAAGCUUCAAAGCCGGUUGUGACCGCGACGCAGAUGUUGGAGUCGAUGAUUAAACACCCUCGCCCAACCCGUGCAGAGGUCUCCGAUGUGGCCAAUGCGAUCUACGACAGCUCAUCCGCCGUCAUGCUCAGUGGGGAGACGGCCGUUGGAAGCUAUCCCGUCGAAGCGGUGAAAAUGAUGAAGAGGAUUGUGCAGACAGCUGAGAACGACUUCUCUUUUCGGGAGUUUUUCAGCCACCAAAAUUGGGGAUCGGAUAACGUCUCUAAAUCGGUAUCAAGAGCCUCUGUUCAGACCGCCUAUACCGCCGAUGCCAAAGCGAUCUUUACCGUAACCACCAGCGGAUCGACUGCUUGUCUUAUCUCUCGGUUCCGGCCGCAAAUGCCGAUCUUUGCCCUCACCCCCCACGAAACCGUCUACCAUCAGAUGGCCUUUUUAUGGGGUGUCAUUCCAUUGAAGACAAACCCUCUGAAAAAUGUCCAAGAGGCGAUUACCCUCGGUGCAGAUUACGGGAAAAGAGCCGCCAUGCUUCAGUCGGGUGACAUCAUUGUCGUCACGACAGGGUCUCCCUUCUUGAUCAAAGGGACCACCAAUACGAUGAUUGUCGAGACGAUC